AUCCAAUAUGAAAGUAGUCGCACUCAUUAGUGGGGGAAAAGAUAGCUGCUUUAACAUGAUGCAUUGUGUAGCCAAUGGUCAUACAAUUGUCGCACUCGCUAAUUUACAUCCACCAUCCACAUCAAACGUUGAUGAACUCGAUAGCUACAUGUUUCAAACAGUGGGUCAUGAUGUGAUAUCCAACUAUUCCGAAUGUAUGGAUAUCCCAUUGUUUCGUCAAGAUCUUGCACACAGAUCGGUAGAUAUCAAUGCAACCUAUACAUUAAAUGACAACGAUGAAGUUGAAGAUCUGUUUCAACUUUUACUCAAAGUCAUUAAACAAGUGCCUGAUGUUGAGGCGGUUUCCAGUGGAGCAAUCCUUUCAAACUAUCAACGAACUCGAAUCGAGAAUGUAUGUUCAAGACUGAAACUUCAGUCACUGGCGUAUAUGUGGCAAGGCAGUCAAAAACAACUGCUGAUGGACAUGAUUGAUAGCGGUGUUGAGGCAGUAUUGGUCAAAGUUGCAGCUGCUGGACUUUCUGAAAAUCACCUUGGAAAAUCAUUAGCACAAAUGUAUCCUGUUUUGAUGAAACUGAACGAACGAUACGGAAUCAAUGUCUGUGGAGAAGGUGGCGAGUAUGAAACCCUGACAUUGGAUUGUCCUCUUUUUAAAAAAAAACUUUUAAUUCAAGAGUCGACUAUUCAUGUGCACUCAUUUGAUGAUGUCGCGCCAGUAGCAUAUUUGAAAACACCUAGUAUUGUCGUGAAACUCAAGGAAGACUGUGAAUCGAGCUGGAUUCAUAAAAUGAAAAAUGUGAU